AGACUACCAUCUCUAUCAUAAAGACAAUGAAAAAUAGAUUAAUUUGGGUGCAUCUGUGUCAGUAAAUAUCCAAAAAAGUGCUCAAAGUGCCUAAUUCCGCGAGCCAAAAAUGGUUGUUUGCACAGCCACAAUGCCCCCGGAAACACGGCAAGUACCCGCGAUGAAGAAAGAGCACUCGGAACUGCUGGAAAACCCUGCAAACUCUGAACCAUCUGACCCUGGCGAUAAAGGAGAGGUAAUCGUCGACGAGGAUCGUGAAGAGGGCGAGAUUGUAGAUGAUUUGGAGCUGAUCAUUUCGUCCGAGGAUGAGGAGUUCAAGUUGCGUGCUCGGAUACAACAGCUGGAGGAGAACAACAAGGAUGUGGAGCGCAUGGACAUGCUAUCCGCCAAUUUGGCACAUCAAUACAAUUACCAAAAGCCUGGACUGCGCUUGCCGUCGCAGCAACAAAAGUCGCCCGUUUACAUACUGUCGGAUGUGUCGAGCCAGUCCGACGAUGAGUUCGAGGCCCAGCGAAAGUAUCGCAAGCACAAGGUGCGCCGUCUGGAGCUGGGAAAAAGGCACAAUCCUGCGUUGUCCAGUGACUAUCGGCGGAAUCCCUUUGUCAGGCGCCACAAGCACACCUCACCACCUCCUCCGGUCACCACACAGCGCCGGCGGCAAGACUAUCACCAUCAUCCGCCGCCCAAUCACCACCAGCGUCGCCACCAGCAACACCACGAGCUUGAAGAUUCCCUGGACAGCGACGGCGAGCUGGGCGAAUACGACAUAAACGGGGACAACGAAGACGACGAGAUAGACCUGCACAGACUUAGACUGAGCCGGAAUAAGUUGCGCGUAGCCUUGGCACGGGAGGAGCGAGAGGAAUUUGUAAGUCACUACAAAAACAGCCUGAGGGAGCGGCUACAAUACCGCGUGCCCAAGUCGCCCAGCCCAAAGCAGGAGGUGCCGCAAAGCGAAGAUCCUGCCGAGCUUAAACUUCGACUUAUAGCCCUUAAAUCUGCCAUAUUAAAAAAGCAUUUAGCGCGAAAGAAGCGAGAUGCAGAGCGGGCUUACUCACCCACUGAUAUGAUCAAUCGCGUGCAUCCCGCCAUUUCCAAUGACGACGACAUCGAUGACUUUAUGGAGAUCAGUCCAGCCGCUUCGCCAGAUCGAGUACAAAGUCCGCCGAGAUACCCAAUAGAUUAUGCCGUGGACACAAAGCCUGUGGACAUGGAACUAGCCGAAACGGACAGCGAUGAUCAGCAAAAAGAAGUUUGGAAUUCGUGGUCAAACAACUGGAACUCCAUUGAUAACGCAGGCGGCAGUUGGCGUUGCUUCUUGCCCAACAACUUGCCACCCGUUUCGGUGCCCAUUGUGAUAGACGAAGACGAUGAGGUAGAUAUAAAUACGGAUGAUCGAACAAGAAGAGAGAAUAUGGUUUACGAUGACGACGAAGUACCACCGCCACCGCCGCCCUUUCACAUUCCACAAAUGCAUCUGGAGGACGAGGAUGCCCGGGAUGCCAUGCACCUAGUCGACCAGCAUUCCAAUCAUAGUUAUAACUCGGAGUUGCAGACCGUUUCCAUGGAAAACUCGCAGACGAUUAUGAAGACAUUUGACCAAUCCCAGGCGAAUUCGAGUGACGAUGAGGCUGGAGCCUUGCGAGCUAUUUUGCUAUCCAAUUUACGGGCAAAUAGACCUCCACCACCACCUCCAAGAACUCCACAUCCUGUUGAUUGUGAUCCUAAUUCUGCUCCGGCUCCGGUCCACGUUCCGGAACCUAUUGCAGUCCCUGUGCUCUCUCAUGUACCUGCUCCUGUUCCCGAUUCAGUGCCUUCUCUUGUACCUGGUCCCGUGGCUCAACUUAAGGACGAAUCAACGCAAGACAAUGAUUCAGAUGAUCCAGAGGAGCUGCGUUUAUUGCUCCUUUCCAGCAUAGCAAGCAAAAAACGGACCAAUGACCCAAAAUCGAAGUCUGGUUUAAGCCCAGAGAUACUCAAGAAUGCUGUGAAACGCUUCCAGCCAUCGGAAUUGCCCAUAAAAGAUGAACAGUCUCAGGACCAACAGUCAGCUCUAGUAGAGAAUAAUGUACUGGAAGCAGGAAAGGAAAUAAUAAAUGAAGUUGUUGCUGAGCCGAUUGCCUUGGAAACUGCGCCCAUUAACGAGGAGUCUUUAGAGCUGCCACAGCCAGUGGCCAAGCUUAAAGUCCAGGAACGGAAGCAAACGUCACCGUCCACAAAAAUCAUAAAAAUUGUAAAGCCCAACAAGGUGAUAAACAAAAAGACAACCACCAAACGGAAAUUGCUCGGAAAUGAAGGUUCCGGGCUGAGCAUAAAGCGGCCAACAGCCUUAAUGAUUAAGGAGCCCAGCGCUCCACUGCGUGGUCAGGAAGUGAUCGCAUCCAGCACUCGCCUAAUCACCACCGUAGAUCCAGCCAGCAUCAAAGUAAAUAAGCUAAUCAUUAGCUUAGCAGAGGAGUCGGCCGCCAGUGAUGAUGACCUGGAGCUGAGUUCGUGCUUCGCUUAUACAAACGCAGACAUUGCCAGCCCCUUGAGUUUGGCAAUGGGUAGCUUAAGUGGCUCCACUACCAGAUCAAAUACUCCCAUAUCCGAGAUUGCCGAAACGGCUCCCAAUGCCAAUAACAAUCUCAGACGAACUGUGAUCAAUGAAUACUUUGAGAAGAAGAUCGACGAUUUUCUGAAGCAAGCUAGAUCCAAAGCUCCCACAACUAACUCACCAGAGGCAGCAACAGAAAAGAGUUCUGAGAAACCCCAGGUUGAGGAAAAACCUCCAGCAAUUGCUACUUCUUCCAAGAUUCAGACGCCACCCAAGACGACGCCGGUGGCUGUUCGCCAUUUGCCAGUGGCAUCGCAGAAGGAAUACCUCCGUUUGGUCGAGCGCAUGCAAAUGCUGGAGCAAAAGAAGGUGCGGGCAGCCAAGGCAGCUGCUCCUGUGGCCAAAAGUAAAGAACCUACGGUUGAUAAGCCAUCGUCGCAGAGCAAAUCAGGGCCAAACACGGCGAAUAUUGUAAAGAACCCAGCCAAGGAAGUCCUAGCCAGUACAACGUCUUCCACCAUGACCAAGGCUAAAGCUACCUCAGCAGUUCAGAAACCUCAAGUCAAAGCUGCCGACUUAAAAUCACCAAAAACAAAAGCUAAGCAAAAUCAGAUGUCCAAGGAGAGUCGUUUGAAGGCAUUUGAAAAUUCGUUUGUCAAGAUUGGGGGAAGCAUGCUAGUCAAUCUGGACAAAUCGCUGCAAAUGGUGGAAGAAGCCAAGAAGUCAAAGGCAAUACGUCUGCGCUGCUCACAUCGUCUCAAGGAACUUUAUGCCGAAAUGCAGACCGUGAGGCAGGCGGUAAAACAGGAGGAACUUAAGCUAGCGAGGAUUCAGUCCGAGAUUCAGGCCAGCCAUGAGAUCAUCAUAUCACUGAAGCAGAAACGACAUAAACUCCAUGCGGCGGCUAUGGACUUGGGCCGUGGAUUAAGGGGCGAUGACUACAGGUACUACCAUCAUCAACCACAACAGCAACCAGAACGGCGUGGGAAAUCUGGAACAAAACGAUUACAGAAACCAAAUCAACGACUAGAGAAUGGGAGGAGCUCUAUGCUACUAACAAUUUGCUAUUCUUACAGGUUAAUCGACGAGGAAAAGGCUGCCAUCACCACCAAAUCAACACAACUCACCAAGGAGAUACGCCUGUAUAAUUCUAUUGUAAACUACGCUGACCUUAAGAAACUGACUGAUGCGGAGAUUAGUGAAGCAAACACUGUGAUGCACAAGGAAUCCAAAAUUGUUCAACAGGAGGAGUCAAGGGAAAAUGUUGAGUCGAAUUCUCAGGAAACGGCAGCUUUACAGCCUUUUGCGGAUCCUCAGAUUAAAAAACAAAGUCAAGCGGAGACAGAGCCUGCGAUUGGAAAAGAACCUGAAACGGAGACUGACCCUCCAGAUGAUCAGGCGCAGGAAAGAAUUGUAGAAGUUGCCGUAAAAACUACCGCACCCUACACGGUUAGCAUAAUGCGGGAACUGCGCGAGGAGAAGUCCGACGAGCAUCGUGGGGACAACUAUCUAAGUGCCUAUCAAACACCCAUGUGCAGGAACUACAAUAGCCAACUCGAUGUCCACGCCACAAUCUGCCCGUUUGAUCUGAUGGGUCGCUGUGAGGAUGCGGACUGCUCCUACCUGCAUUUAGCCCGCCCCGACUCCCAAAAUGAGCUGCCAAAGACAAACCCUCUCUCUAUAUCUUACAAAUAACAAACUCACUAAAACACUAAAAGCAAAAA